AUGCCCCAGAGCUCUGGAGCCGGUAUUCAUUGGCAAGUCGCACAGGCCACGAGCUUGCAGAAUAUCCGCUUCGAGAUGGUUAAGGGUGGCGGUGAUGCCAACAAGCAGAUUGGGGUUUUCAUGGACAACGGUUCCGGCGGCUUCAUGUCUGACCUUACGUUCAAUGGAGGAAACUAUGGAAUGUUUGUGGGCAACCAGCAGUUCACGACUAGGAACCUGACGUUCAACAACUGCAAUACCGCCGUCUUCAUGAACUGGAACUGGGCUUGGACCUUCAAGUCGGUGGAUAUCAAUAACUGCGGAGUUGGCCUCAACAUGUCCAAUUCACCCCAGAAUCAGACCGUCGGCUCCGUCAUGCUCCUCGAUGCCAAGCUGACGAAUACACCUACUGGCAUCGUCACAGCUUACUCGACCAACAAUGUUCCUGUCAGCGGUGGUACAUUGGUCCUUGACAACGUGGACUUCACGGGCUCCAAGGUUGCCAUCGCCGGCAUUCAAGGCAACACGAUCCUCCCUGGUGGCUCUGUUGUUUCCAACUGGGUGCAGGGCCACGCGUACACCUCCAGCAACGCCCAGAAAAAACGGUCAGAGGAUUCUGAGACCCGCGUAGUCCAGAGGGUUGAAGUUGUGAAAGUCAUUGGAUCCUCCUGUCCUGUUCCUUCUGGGGCUGCAGGCCCUGCUUCGGCUGCCCAGUCCGUCUCCAGUCCCUCGCCUGCUGAGGUUUCUACCGAACGCAGUGCGCCAUCUUUGGCCUCGACGGGCUCUUCUGUUCCAACCGGCAUGUCUACUCAGAAACCUUCCCUUUCUCUCACACCCGGUACCCCGUCGUCUCUCACUCCGAGCAGCUCGGAAACCGUAAUCCCAAUGGCGUCCACAGAGACAUCCGCUUCGGCUUCCAACACUCCUAGUACCUGCGCGAGCAAACCAAUCACCAACACCCGCCUUCAGGGCACGGUACCUGCUCAGAAACUACCUGGCGUGCUUUUGAACGGCGGUGAUACAAUCUUUGAACGAUCGAAGCCUCUAUACGAAGAUUACCCUGCUUCUGCCUUUGUGAGCGUCAAAUAUGCUGGAGCUAAGGGAGAUGGCGUGACGGAUGACACGGAAGUCAUCCAGAAAGUGCUCGACAGUGUCACUGAAGACCAGAUUGUCUACUUCGACCACGGAGCCUAUAUUAUCACAUCCACCCUUAAAGUGCCUAAGAACAUCAAGAUCACCGGCGAAGUCUGGCCGCUUCUCAUGGCAUCUGGGCCUGCCUUCGCGGACGAAUUAAACCCCAUCCCUAUGCUUCAAAUCGGUCAGAAGGGCGACAGCGGGUCUGUAGAACUGUCAGAUCUGAUGCUGGAGACUAAAGGCCCAGCUCCUGGCGCGAUUCUCAUGGAGUGGAACCUCGCACAAUCCUCUCAAGGAUCCGCAGGAAUGUGGGAUGUACAUUUCCGUGUGGGCGGAUCUGCGGGCACUGAGCUACAAAGCGACACCUGCAAGAAAGACCCCAAGAUAACCAACACCCCCAACCCUAAAUGUAUCGGGGCCUUCAUGCUCCUCCACAUCACCAAGGAAGCAAGCGCAUACCUGGAAAACGUCUGGGCCUGGACGGCAGACCACGAACUAGACCUCCAGGACCAUAGUCAAAUCGACAUCUAUACCGGCCGCGGCAUCUUCGUUGAAAGCAGAAAAGGCCCCGUCUGGCUGUAUGGCACCUCCUCUGAACACAACCAGUUAUACAAUUACCAAGUCGCGAACGCUCAGAACAUCUUCAUGGGCUUCAUCCAAUCCGAAACACCCUACUACCAGUCAAACCCCAACGCCAUGGUCCCUUUCACCCCUCAAAAGGAGGCCUGGAAUGACCCGGACUUUUCCACGUGUACCACCGACGCGUGCAAGAAAUCAUGGGGUCUGCGGGUCCUCGAAUCGUCGGAUGUGUACAUCUAUGGAGCGGGUCUGUAUAGCUUCUUUGACAAUUACUCACAGACCUGUCUUGACACGGAGUCGUGCCAGGAGAAUAUGGUCGAAGUGGACUGCUCUGAUAUCAAAAUCUACGGCCUCAGCACCAAGGCGAGCACGAACAUGGUUACCUCUUCAGGGGGGAAGAGUCUUGUGCUGCAGAGUGAUAACGAGAGCAAUUUUUGUGCUAGCAUUGGGUUGUUUCAGCAGUGA